CGCCCCUCGUCGCCGGCUGCUGGGCUUCGGCCGGGGUCGGCUGGGCUUGGAGAGCCGUGCAAAGCCGCCUUCCCGCUCCCCUGAGGGCCGCGGGAACCAAGCAGCGCGCCGGCUCGGGGACCGGCGGUCCACAAAGUUUGGUCCUCGGAGGGCGCAGCGUCGAGCCCGGCAGGUGCGGCCGGGCCUGGCCGGGGCGCUCGCGGCCUUGCGGGCGAGCACGGCCGGGCACCGGCGAGGAGCGAUCAACUCUGAAGUUGGCAGGAGGUGACGCCCCUGUUCCGCUCCGCCGCGCGUCCAGCCCUGGCAUCUCGAGCCCGGGUCGCGCCGGGGCUAUGCAGCCCCCGCCAGGCGGCCCCGCGGAGCCCCCCGCCAGGUAGACGAGCGGCGCCCCAGGACCCUGCCGGCACCCUUGCUCCGCUCAGGAUGCUGCCGGCCCUCCCCCUCCUCCUCCUCCUCCUCGGAGGUGCUGUGGCCCGUCCAGACCAGGUCACUUUCCCAAAUCCUGCUUGUGAGAGCCCCCCAGCAGUGCUCUUGGAGGUACAGGGCACUUUACAGAGGCCUUUGGGCAGGGACAGCCGCAGCUCUCCUGCCAACUGCACCUGGGUUAUCCUGGGCAGCAAGGAACAGACAGUGACUGUCAGGUUCCAGAAGCUGCACCUGGCCUGCGGCUCAGAGCACUUAUUCCUGCGCUCCCCUCUGCAGCCACCAGUCUCCCUGUGUGAGGCUCCUGCCCGCCCUCUGCAGCUUCCAGGGGGCAACGCCACCAUCACCUACAGCUAUGCUGGGGCCAGAGCUCCCAUGGGCCAGGGCUUCUUGCUGUCGUAUAGUCAAGAUUGGCUCCUGUGCCUGCAGGAAGAGUUCCAGUGCUUGAACCACCGCUGUAUACCAGCUGCGCAGCGCUGUGACGGGGUCGAUGCCUGUGGCGAUGGCUCUGAUGAGGCAGGUUGCAGCUCAGCUCCAUUCCCCCCGCUGAACCCAGCCCCUGUCCCCGCUCCAGCCUGCAAUCUCACCUUGGAGGACUUUUAUGGGGUCUUCUCCUCCCCUGGAUAUUCACGCCUGGCCUCAGUCUCCCACCCCCAGGCCUGCCUGUGGCUGCUGGACCCCCAUGAUGGCCGCAGGCUGGCGGUGCGCUUCACAGCCCUGGACUUGGGUUAUGGAGAUGCGGUGCACGUGUACGAUGGUGCUGGGCCCCCUGAGGCCCCCCGACUGCUGCGAAGCCUCACCCACUUCAGCAACGGCAAGGCUGUCACUGUGGAGACCCUGUCUGGUCAGGCCGUUGUGUCCUACCACACAGUUGCUUGGAGCAGUGGCCGGGGCUUUAAUGCCACCUACCAUGUUCGGGGAUACUGUUUACCUUGGGAUAGACCCUGUGGCUUGGGCUCAGGCCUGGGGGCUGGCGAAAGUCUAGGUGAGCGCUGCUACAGUGAGGCGCAGCGCUGUGACGGCUCGUGGGACUGUGCCGACGGCACAGAUGAGGAGGGUUGCCCUGGCUGCCCGCCCGGGCACUACCCAUGUGGAGCUGUUGGCACCCCUGGCGCCACAGCCUGCUACCUGCCUGCCGACCGCUGCAACUACCAGACAUUCUGUGCUGACGGAGCGGAUGAAAGGCGCUGCCGGCGCUGCCAGCCCGGCAACUUCCGGUGCCGGGAUGAGAAGUGUGUGUAUGAGACGUGGGUGUGUGACGGACAGCCGGACUGUACCGACGGCAGUGACGAGUGGGACUGCUCCUACGCCCUGCCCCGGAAGGUCAUCACGGCCGCAGUGAUUGGCAGCCUAGUUUGUGGGCUGUUGCUGGUCAUCGCUCUGGGCUGCACCUGCAAACUCUAUGCCAUCCGCACCCAGGAGUACAGCAUCUUUGCCCCCCUGUCCCGGAUGGAGGCUGAGAUCGUGCAGCAGCAGGCGCCUCCUUCCUACGGGCAGCUUAUUGCGCAGGGCGCCAUCCCACCUGUGGAAGACUUCCCCACAGAGAACCCUAAUGACAACUCUGUGCUGGGAAACCUGCGCUCUCUGCUCCAGAUCUUGCGCCAAGAUAUGACUCCAGGAGGUCCUUCAGGGGGCCGCCGUCGCCAGCGGGGCCGCUCAGUGCGUCGUCUGGUUCGCCGUCUCCGUCGUUGGGGCCUGCUUCCUCGAACCAAUACCCCAGCUCGGACCCCUGAGACCAGAUCCCAGGUCACGGCAUCUGCUGCUCCCUCUGAGGCCCUGGAUGACAGCACAGCUCAAACCUGUGAGGGUGGAGCCGUAGGAGGACAGGACGGGGCUCCUCCACUACCCGUCAAGCCCCCCAUCCCAACCCCAAGCACACUUCCGGCCCUUGCUACUGCCUCUGACCCCCCAGGGCCUCCCCCCUCAGUGCCUCUAGAACCCUCACUGCUGUCUGGAGUUGUACAGGUCCUCCGAGGCCGCCUCCUACCCAGCCUGUGGCCCCCAGGACCCACUUGGACCCCAGCUGGACCUCAUACAACAGUGCUGGCCCCAGAGGAUGAGGAUGAUGUGUUGUUAAUGCCACUGGCUGAGCCAGAGGUCUGGGUAGUCGAGGCAGAGGAUGAGCCCCUGCUGGCCUGAGGGAAGCCAGCCAUCUUGGGGCUCUGGACACAAUGCUAUGAUCCUUUGGAAGUGGCUAGGCUUCUCCACUAUGCUAUCUGGUGCAGAAAGUUAGGUGUCCCUCAGGCAGGGAAUCAGCUCCCCGAGAGACCCUUCUGUUUCUGACUAAAGGCUCGACCACCACCCUCUGCCUGUCCUGCUGUCCAGGUGACUGUGUUAAGAAAGGUUCCCAAAGGAUCAUAGGCUUGGACACUCCAUCCUUCCCCACCCAAAAGUGGCCUUAAGUACCAGACUGCAGUUGCCUAGAGAUCUAGCCCUCAAGUGGGGGAUUUGGCCAGGGUGAUGGUUUUGCCAGCCUCCAUUUGUGGUGCCUGGCCCACUUAGAGAACACAAGUGCUUUUGUCCCCUAGCUGCAUCAUUGCCUAGGAAAUCAAGGAAAAAUUAAAAUAAAAAAUCAUAAAUUUCG